AUGCCAGGCACUGCGGAUCCUUUCCUGGCCCAACUCGAGGAGCUCGCAGCCACCGAUCCCUUUGUGCCGACUCGUUCUCUCAUCAACCUUCGUGACGCGGGCGUGGUGCCAGGCAGUCGCCUACCCAAGGGCCGCUUCUACCGUUGUGGCACUCUAGACUACGCAGCCAAGGAUCCCCAAGCGCUGGCCUGGCUGGCCGCCAAAGUCACCCGCAUCUUUGAUCUGCAAAAGGGCGUGGAGCGCGAGCACGGUCUAGAUCCCGUUGUCGAGGGCGUGGAAAACGCCUGGCUCGAUGGCCAGGGCGAAUACCCCAGCCUGACCCUUGACGAUUUCGUCGCCGACGGUGGCAGGCCAGCUUGGAGGGAGCAGUACCUAGCCAUUGUUUCAUGCUACCAGCCCACAAUCCGAGCUCUACUGGAGCAUAUCCGAGGCCGGCCAGCGCAUCCGAUCCUCUUCCACUGCACAGCGGGGCGUGAUCGCACUGGUGUCGUGGCAGGUCUCCUGCAGCACCUCGCGGGAACGCCUGCAGGCCUUGCUUGUCUGGACUACAUGCUCUCGCGCAUCGGCGCCGAGCCAGCCCGCGAGAAGCUGCUCCAUUUUGCCCUGUCAACUGCGGGCACAACAGACCCAAGGGCCCCCGGCUUCAGGAAUCUCAUCAGCCUUCGCCCCGAGUUCUGGUCAGGUUCGAGGGCCUCGAAGGAGAAUACGGCGGAUGGGACGGCUACGUGA